UCUCUGUCAAGGGAGAAUCUAGAGAGACUAGGGUGAAGACGCUCUUUAAUACACUCGAAUCGGUGGUGAAAAUACGGUGAAUUUAUGGUAAAUUUUCCCAGCAGAUGUAAAACUGAACUCUUCAAUAGACUGACCUCUUUGAGAGGACAGUUCUAGAUAAGAAACAAGUAACCUUAUAAAGUAACUUUCAAUGAAUCGAAGAAUGCAAUUUGGAUAAAAAGUAGAAAUUAAUCUUACUUGCUUGACGAAGAAGGACGAAAAAACACCUGGAAAAUGGCGGAUGAUGGGGGAGCUGACUUUAUCAAUUCUGAUAUACAACAAGAAAUGUAUAUACCAGUUCGAACGCUUGGCAGAGGUGCCUUUGGAGAAGCCGUUUUGUACAGAAAAAUAGAGGAUAACAUGUUGGUUGUAUGGAAAGAAGUUAACUUAAGCAAAGCCAGUGAUAAAGAAAGAGCAGACGCAUUGAAAGAGAUAGAAAUUCUAUCUUUAUUGAAUCAUCCUAAUAUAGUUACAUACUUUAACCACUUCAUUGAUGGGACAUCUUUAUUUAUUGAAAUGGAAUACUGCAAUGGAGGAACMCUACAUGACAAGAUUAGCUUACAAACAGAUUUAUUCGCAGAAGAGAUAGUUAUCUGGUACUUCUAUCAAACCUGCUCUGCUAUUGAACACAUCCAUGAGAAUGACAUUGUACAUAGGGAUAUAAAAACCAUGAACAUCUUUUUGACUAAGUCUGGCCUGGUUAAACUUGGUGACUUUGGUAUUUCAAAAAUUCUAGAUUCAGAAGGAAUGGCAGAUUCAAUUGUUGGAACACCAUAUUACAUGUCUCCUGAACUAGUCCAAGGAAAAAAGUAUAAUCAAAAAAGUGAUAUGUGGGCUCUUGGCUGUGUCUUGUAUGAAGUUCUGACCUUAAAGAGAGUAUUUGAUGCCACGAAUCCUCUCCGUCUUGUUGCKGAGAUAGUUAAAGGUCAGUACGACGAAAUAGAUUCAAGAUAUACAGAGGACAUGAAUGACUUGGUCAAUGGUCUUCUAGCAUURAACCCAGCUGAUAGACCUUCUGUUAGUGAGCUUUUAAAGAUGCCCAUUCUAGCUGUAUUAGGAAAAGAGAUGGAUAAAAAGGUUUGGCAGCUGAAUGCAUCAACAAGAAGAGCAAGGUUGGCUACAGCAUCAUCUGAAACUGUUGAGCCAGUCAUAACAUCAAAGUUGACUGAAGUGUUUUUCUGGGGGGCUGGUAAACAGAUACCACAAAAGAUUGAUGCUUUCAUACGUGGAAAUAGUGCACUUCAGGUGUCUGCAGGACAUUCACACUUUGCUGUCUUAACUGUUGAGAAGGARGUUUUUACAUGGGCUAAUGCACAUGGUGGCAAGCAAAUGUCAGGGCAGCUUGGACAYGGUGACAUUGGUUGUUACAGGCUUCCCAAGAAAGUCAAUGCAUUCCAURGUAUUCCAAUCAGACAAGUAUCUUGUGGGGAUGAUUUCACUGCAUGUUUGACUGAUGACAACGUACUGUACAUGUUUGGAUCAGAUUACUAUGGAUGUAUUGGUUGUAAUAACGAACUUGGUGAUGAAGUACUAUUACCAAAUAAGGUGGMUUUCUUUGCUGACAAACCAGUCAGACAGGUUUCAUGUGGUGAUUGUCAUGUAGUUGCUUUAACAGAUAACAAUGAGUUGUAUUCAUGGGGCUGUGGAGAGCAUGGUCGUUUAGGGCUGGGUUCUGAAGAUGACUAUGCAUCACCUCAGAAGAUUAACCUACCAAAAGCAUGUAAAAUCAAGCGCAUUUACUGUGGUCCAGAGAGUACAUUUCUACUCAAUAUUACUGGUAGAGUACUGGCAUUUGGAAACAAUGAUGAAAAUCAACUUGGACUUGAUACAUUACAUCGCUUAAAGAAGAGAACAACCACACAAGGAGGUCAUGUUUCAAGUGCCAAUGUACCAAAGGUUGUCCAGUCACUUAGCAGAUACACUGUAGCAAGUAUUGCUUCAGGAAAGACACAUUCAGCCAUCAUAGAUGUGUAUGGGCGCCUAAUAACUGUAGGGUCUAAUAAAUUUGGUCAACUUGGAAUGAAUGACUUUCAAAGACAUCCAAGUCCUUGUCUAGUGAAAGGAGAGUUGAUCAGUAAACAAGUGAUUGCUGCUUCUUGCGGUGAUGAAUUUACUGUUGUGGCUACUGCAGAAAACAUGGUGUAUGCAUGGGGUCGUGGUGAUAAUGGACGUCUUGGUYUAACACCUGAUAACCURUUUAAGAAGAGAAGCUCAAUACCCUGUAGUUCUGUACCUCGUCCAGUGUUUGGUGCUUUGCAUUCAGUUACUAGUAUUGACUGUAAAUACUGGAAUGCUAUUAUUGUUGCUGAAAAAGUUCUCAAUUCUCGAACUAUACGAAGUGCAUCAAGGUCUCUGGACUCUCAAUCAUCUACAGAAGACUCAGUUUUCUCRGACCGCCUGCGCAUUGAGGUAGACAGCAGUCUUGGUGAUGAAGAUGGUCAUGUGAUGGAUAACAGCAGRCAUGUGCAAAUGGGGGAAACUGCUGACUCUGGUGUUGGUCCAUCUCCACGAUCACCAAUCCCAAGAACCCUUGGAGAUACCAGCCUCCCUCCACCUUGGCUACAAGACGAACUUGACCAAGCGGAYUACAUUUCCAUUGACUCUAAUUCAUUGGUAUCUAGCAGCAAGUCAUCAUCAUCAUCACCAUUCCCAGCAUCAACCACUACAAGUGGUAGUUCCAUGCCAGUUUGGUUAAAGAAGGAACUGAUUGAGGCAGAAUACAUUCCAAUGGAUGAUACUGACAUUAAAAAUAGAUCUUCAUCAUCAUCAAUGACAAAUGUUACCCAAGAUUCUCUAUUGAUGUCAGUUGGUGUACAGUGUGACACAUAUACUAUUGACAAUGACAAUGAAGAUCAAACUCACAGUGGUUUGCUUCAAAGGAUUCUUCAAUUAGAAUCAGAAAACAAACAGUUACGAACUACUAUACAAGAACAAGUCAUUCAAAUCAAGUCAGUUCAACAUGAAAAUCGCGUGUUGACUGAAAAGCACAGCAGACUGUGGGAGCUGAUUGAUGAAUGGCAUAAAGAUUGUCAAAAAGCCUCUGCAAACCUCAAACACACAAGACAACCUCCUCGAAAAAUGCCUGCAACACCAAUGCUAUCGGAUCCUAGUGACAGGAAAAGAAAUGAAUCAACUGAAUCCUCAGACAUUUCAACGGAGCGAGUUGGCCAAAGCAGCAGUUCAUCARAYCAAUCCAAGGCUCAUGAUGUGACUGGAGUACGCAAUGAAUCAUGGGAGGUCUAAUUAUUAUAUURUUUCACAAGGCACUGAGUCCGUGAAAUUAAAGUCAAAUUUGUWGCUAAUAUUUUUAGUGRCUAUUUUGUCGCUAUCAUUCAAGUAAACAAUGCUAGAAGAAAAGGAAACAAUAUCUCGUUACGAAUUAUGUCGUCUAAUACUCUGUAAAUAAGAGAUAUUUGGGUAAUGGAGUGUCUUCGCUCCAUUAUGACAUAUCGUAAAAUGUAUUUCCUUUACUGAAUACUAAAUUAUUUGUUUUAUAUUUCACUUGAAAACUUUGCAUGGAAAGAAAGCGACUAAGAUUUUAAUAUUAUCAAAUGACAGGCGUAGUGGGUUUUUAUCUAUUUUAAUGUAUAAUGGGGUUUUAAAUCCUAAUACAUUUUAUUUAUAAACGUCUGUAUUAUUUAUGUUUAAAUAUUCCUUAUUGUAAAAACAAUGAUAGAUGUAAUAUUAGACAAAAUUAAAGAUAUUAUAGUAGACACGAUUAUUGGCUAGGAUGUUAUCGUGAGUAUGGUGCUCUAGGAAAGUGACGAGAGGCAGACAGAUACUCUGGUUACAAUCAUGUCACUUAGCAUUCUGUAAUGGAUUCGUCUCUAAAAUGAAUUCGUUUCGACACGUCCACGUUGUUAUGUAUACUACAUUUCGUACAGCCUGUCUUACUCUGUGAAAUUU